AUGUUCCUCAUACAUUCUGUAGCCCGAGGCUACUGCCCGCACUGCGGAAACGGCAACGGCAUUUGCGGGGAUGGGAACCAAUGGCCGGCUGACAGCAACUAUCUCAACGCUGGCACAGACCCCGUGAGGACCUGGAGGGCUGGAAGCAUCGUGCCCAUCACAAUCCGUAUCACUGCCCAUCACAAGGGUCACUUUGAAUUCAGCGUUUGUGGCUUGCCUUGA